AUGUCAUCAGUGAUCAGCACCGUAUCACCACCACAAACCACCGAGAUUUCUUCUUUACACACGGAUAUAUUUGAAACACAUAUAUUGACUCGACUCGAUGGACAAACUUUAGCCUCAACUAGUUGCACUAGUGCCAGCAUGUUACAUUCUAUGUCUCAACGCAACAACAAUCUUUUGUGGUCUAAUGUUUGUCACACCACUUGGCCCUCAACCUCCAGCGAGCCCGUAAAUGGCAUCAUUUCAACGUUUUCCGACAACCACUACAACGGAUUUAGGGCGUUUUUCUCUCAAGCAUUUCCUCUACCGUCGUCCGACCCCACCACCACUGCCACUCAGCCGUCUUCGUCCAAAUUAGCAAUUGUGUCCCCGAGUGAAUUGAUCUCAGCGGUGGAUGUGUACUACAAAAACAAACUUAUCUUCACGAAAAUCGAGGAAACCGAAACAGUUUCUACUUGGUUCCAGUGUUCGCCUUUCAGAGUCGACCUACUAGACCCGAAAGAUACGGUCCCGACAGAGAUACCGCACCCGAAAGGGGAGGACACGUGUAUGGCUAUGAUGGAUGACAUGUCACUAAGUUGGAUACUAAUAGACCCGGUUUCGAAACAUGCCAUAAAUCUCUCAUCUCAUAAGCCGGUUUCCGUGCAACGACAUUGGUUAAGUGGUGAAGUACAAGUGCGUUUUGGGUCGAUACUCGCGGGCGGAAACCAUAAGUACUCGUCGGCCGCUGCCGCGGUGGUGCGAUGCGGGAUCGUGGUGAAUUGCGGGCAGUCCGAGGGAGGGGAGAUGCAAGUCAGGGAGUUGUGUUUGGAAAUUGAGGAUAUGGAUGGAAAACAUUUAAACGGUAAGGAUAGUUUAGUCAUUUUACGGAAGACGAUGGGGGGUAAAAGAGGAAGUGGGGUGAAUAGAGAAAACGAAGCAAGAAUUAGGAACAAGAAAUUUGAAGAAAUGAAAAAAGAAAGAAAAGACAGAAAGUUGAGAUUGGAAGGGACAUUAGAUACUUUGUCUGUUGUUUUUGGCCUAUCAGUUUUUGCUGGUUUGUUUUUUGUGUUUUGUUAAAGAAUUGAUAUAGAAUUCUGUAAAUGGAAAUGUAUGUAAUUAUUAGUUGAGGAAUAUAG